UUUUCUUCAUGAUCUUCAACAGAUUUUCAAAUAAUUUUGAUUUAAAAUUAGAAGGUCAGCUAUUUUCGGAUAUUUGUGAAACUACGGGAUGGUCAUAUGGCUCAUAUAUAUAGGUUUAUUAUGGGUGUUUGGAUUUAGUAUUUUAAUUAAUUAGAGGAUGUUUUUCUAAAUGUGAGAUUAUGCGGUCCCUUUGGGUAAUAUAAUUCUAUAAAACGUGAGGUCUGAUUUUAAUAAUGCAAGUACCCGCGCUACCGUGUCAACGGUAUAUUGAACAAUGAAGAAUAUAAUUAUGGAAUAGGAGUUGAGCCAUUAAAAAUCCUAAAUGAUUUCUAGUUUAGACAGGGCAAGAUACUUCGAGUUCUAGUUGGUUGAAGGAAGAAAUAUCUACUCAGAGAAUGACGUCAAUCUCCAUUAGUUCUAAUCUGAUACUCUGAGUGUGAUUUAGGGCAGUGUGUUGUUAAAUUGGUUGAUGAAACCUCUCAUUUUCUCCAUCUCUCAUGGCGAUGUCGAUGUCGAUGGCGAUGCUGAGUUCUCAUUCACUCAAGGCUUCUCCGCUUCAAAAUCUUUCUUCAAAACUUUUUAACGUUUCAUCUGCGGUAUUCGCCUCCUCUCGCAUCAAAUUUCAAGCCAAGGCUCCGAUGAAUUUCAAUUGCCUGUUGAAAAAUGAUGCCGUUUACGAAGAUCUACCUGCUGUUGGCGAAGAUCUGCCUCCGGAUUACGAAGAGUGGACGCCGAAGAAGGAUCCGAAGGACCGGAGAAGAGCCGGUAUUCUGCUACAUCCGACGUCGUUUCGAGGCCCGCACGGCAUUGGAGAUCUCGGCGAGGAGACGUUUUGCUUCUUGGACUGGCUUCACGAGGCCGGUUGCUCCGUUUGGCAGGUUCUUCCUCUUGUCCCUCCUGGCAGAAAGGGUAAUGAAGAUGGUUCCCCAUACGCCGGCCAGGAUGCAAAUUGUGGCAACACUCUUCUGAUUUCUCUUGAAGAGCUUGUUAAGGAUGGUUUAUUGAUGAAAGAAGAGCUUCCAAAACCAGUUGAUGCAGAUCGUGUGGACUUCUCAACUGUUGCUGAUAUAAAAGAUCCGCUGAUAGCUAAGGCUGCAGAGAGGCUCAUUCUGAGUGAAGGGGAACUCAAAAAUCAUUUUGAAGAUUUCCGUAGAGAUCCUGAGAUUUCAAACUGGCUUGAAGAUUCGGCUUAUUUUGCUGCUAUUGAUGAGACUUUGAAUACAAUCAGUUGGUAUGAUUGGCCUGAACCUUUAAAGAAUCGGCAUCUUUCCGCCUUGGAAGAAAUUUAUCAAAGCAAACGAGAUUUUAUAAACAUAUUCAUUGCCCAACAAUUCUUAUUCCAAAGGCAAUGGCAGAAAGUUCGUAACUAUGCGCAGAUGAAAGGAAUCAAGAUAAUGGGAGACAUGCCCAUUUAUGUGGGUUAUCACAGUGCAGAUGUGUGGGCAAAUAAGAAACAUUUUUUACUGAACAAGAGCGGUUUUCCUCUUCUAGUUAGUGGUGUUCCUCCCGAUGCCUUUAGUGAAACUGGCCAGCUGUGGGGCAGCCCUCUCUAUGAUUGGAAAGCCAUGGAGAGAGAUAGAUUUUCUUGGUGGAUACGCCGAAUCCGACGUGCACAAAAUAUAUAUGAUGAAUUCAGAAUAGACCACUUUCGAGGGUUUGCUGGCUAUUGGGCUGUUCCUUCUGAAGCAAAAUUUGCAAUGGAUGGACAAUGGAAGAUGGGACCAGGGAAAUCGUUGUUUGAUGCCAUCUUCAGAGCUGUUGGAAAGAUCAAUAUUGUUGCAGAGGACUUGGGUGUAAUCACCGAGGAUGUAAUUCAGCUCAGGAAAUACAUCAGAGCACCUGGAAUGGCUGUCCUCCAGUUUGGUUUUGGGAGUGAUGCAGAUAACCCACAUUUGCCUCAUAAUCACGAGCAAAAUGAAGUUGUUUAUACUGGGACUCAUGACAAUGACACAACCCGAGGUUGGUGGGAUAUCCUAGAACAAGAGGAGAAAUCUAAUGUACUAAAGUAUGUCACAGUUACUGGAGAAGAUGAUAUCUCAUGGGCACUGAUCCAGGCUGCACUAUCUUCAGUGGCACAAACUGCUAUCAUACCUAUGCAAGAUGUUCUCGGGUUGGGGAAUUCAGCCAGGAUGAACAUCCCAGCAACUCAGUCUGGCAAUUGGGGUUGGCGGUUACCUAGUUCCAUGAGCUUUGAUGACUUGGAAUCCGAAGCAAAGAAACUGAGAGAUCUACUUUCAAUCUAUGGGCGGCUCUGAAUAAGAAUUGCCAAGGUGUUAAGUCUGGAUGUGCGCCGCAUCACACGACUUCUUAUAUGAGGUACGUAUACGUAUGAACGGUUACUCCAUAUGAACUGAGGUUCAAGGUUGAAGUUUAGUUUUGAAUGAAUAAAAUCAGCCUACUUGUUUAUCAUGUAUUUCAGUUUCCCUAUUGUGAACUGCAUAGGGUCACAAGUCAUACCACUGUACAUUUGGUGUAGAACUCUGAGAUCUGCAAAUUGAGGGAUCUUGCAGAUGAAUAGAGUUGAAUUGACAUAGUAUAUAGGAAUAAGGAGUAAUAAGUAAUCACCGCUGCCCUUUGUGUGUUAAGUUCAAAAAUGUGUAGUAAAUCAGUUUUAAUUAAGAGUUUUUUUAGUGUAAAACAUCUACUUAUCCUUCACUUUAAAAUUUUUGGCAUUUCCUUUUCUAUGGUCUUAAAUUUCUUCUACAAUCAUUGUGGCUAUAAAUUGAUGCUUUUAGAGCUUAUUUGACAAUGAUUUCAAGAAAUGUUGGUGUUUGUUUUUUUACUUAAUUCUAAAUAGAACUUUAAUGCUUAAAAGUGUUAAAUAUUAGUUUAUUUAUUUUUGUAGUAUUUUAUUUUCAUUAAGUAUUAAAAAGUAAAAAAAAAUCAAUAUGUUAUUUUUUCUAUUUAUAAAAAGUUACAUAUUUUGACUUUUUUUAUUUAGUAAAAAGUUUAUAAUAAGUCAUGAAAAAGUAGAAAAACAAAAAACCUAAAAACAAAUUGUUUUCAGUAAAAAGCCCAAAAAACAAAUAUCACUUUAAUCUUUUUAAAACUUUAAAACAAUGUUUUCAAUAAAAGUUUUCAAGUGCUAAAAAUGUUAGAUGUAUUUAAUUCUUAUGAUUUUAUCUUUUAUGUAUUUGUAUUAAUUGAAUUGGAAAUAUAAUAAUUUUUUAAAAUAAUAAUAUAUAAAUAAAUGAUUGUUGAUUGGAAUUUAGUUUUUGUUUUAUUUUUUUAAAAAAUAAAAUUUAAUUAUAAAUUCUAUAUCAAAUAUAAUAAUUCUUAUACUCAAAUUUUAAAAAUAUAAGAACAUUAAAAGUCAUUAUCAUUUUUAGUAAAUUUUAAAGACUUUUUGCAUUUAUAUAAAGAAAUUAUUUAUGGAAAAUGGGAAGUGUAUUAAGGACAUGUAAAUUUAUCUAUUUUCAUUUAUCAAAAUGAAAUAGGACAUGCCAUAAAUAGAAUUUUACUUUCUUUUCUUUACAAAUAUUAAAAAAAAAACAUAUAAUUUUACAAUAUAUGAUAAUGUUAUCUAUCAGUAUUAUAAAAGAAUUUCAUCAUACCAGGGUAUCUGUUUGAAUACACUUUCUAUUUUUUAUUUUAAAAUAAAAAAAUUCUAUAUAAAAAUAAUCAGUUAGUAUUAAAAAAUGUAGAUAUUAGUUGUCUUUAAAAAUCACUUCAAGAAAUUUUAAAAUUUUAGGUGUGAAAAUUUAUUGAUGCAUCAAUUUUUCAAAAUAAUUUUUAAAACCAUUAUUUUUUCAAUGGGAGCAUCUAUUAUUAUUAUUAUCAUCUAUUGUUAUUAUUAUUAUUAUUAAAAACAUAAAAAACAAAACAAUGUAUCCAAAUGGAUACUAAAUUUAUCUAUUUUCAUUUAUUAAAAUGGAACGGGAGAUGCUACAUAUAGAAUGACUUUUUUUCUUCAGAAUUAUUUUAAAAACAUGUAAUUUUGUAAUAUAUAAUAAUAUUAUUUAUAAAUAUUACAAAAAUAUUUAAUCCAGUGUGAACAAAUUAAGUUUGAAAAACUUAACUCAAGUUGACCUGAGCAUCGGAAAAAAUUAUUGUUCCGGUGGGUUGAGUCUAGUCUUCCUGCUCAAAUUGCAACUCUGGUUUGGAACGAAAAUUAUGUGGCCUAGCAAAACAGAGCUACAAUUCAAUCACUAUCAAUAAUUGAAUUAAAAAUGAAAUUCUGGAGAGAAACUAACUGCUGUUCAUGGAGCUUCCAGUUCCAGAACCACUAAGCUUUCUCAAUUGCUUCGAUGCACUCCAAUACGGUCCCCUUCUUUGACAUUGCUGUCAUCAGAGCUUCAUGAAUUGCUUUGUUGUUUUUAAUGAGGGAUCCCGCAAAUAAAACCUGCAUCAUUUUUUGCCCAUUAUAUGGUUAAAACUCAUCAAUUCAUCAAAUACUGCAAGUGGCACUGAAGAAAGUCUGGCCAUUAUUAUGAUGGAUGGAACUCACAGCCCAUCUGGUAAGAUUUUGUUGCUGAUCUUUGCUGAGCUGUGGCUUGCUACGGUUUAUAAAUCUCUGAAGAGAACAUGGGAAGCAGGGAGUUGAGAUUAUAGAUCAAAGUUGGAUUUGUGGAAAGCUUCGUGAUAGGGAAAUGGAAGUUAGAACAAACCUGAAGAGUGAAAAGAUCGGCAGAUUGACCAACCACUUUGUCAUAUUGCAGGCCUUCUGCUGCAAGUCCAGCCAUUGCUACAACCGCCAACCUGGAAUAACAGUUAAAGGUGGAAUGUCAGCUGUCUACCGGCAAUUCCCUUAAUUUAAAUUAACUAAUCCAUAAUCCGAACUAUCUAUGGAGGAUUAUGUCAUGUUUGCCAACAUUUUCAAAAAGUCAUCGAAAAACAGUUUUUAAGAAUAUUUAAAUUAUUUUCAUAAAUAAAAUUUUGAUUAAAAACUCACAUAUAGAAAAUAAUUUUUUUCACCUAUCAUGCAUUUAUUAUGUACAUGCAUAAUAUAAAAGUUAGAAAUACACUUAGCCAUUACGAGUUCAAAAAUUUAUCCAAUAUCAUCCUUAUUUUAAAUAAAGGGAAAGAGAGUGACAAUGAUAAAUGAGAAUGAAAUGAGAGAUAUUUGAAAAAUUUUCAAAUGGUGGUUAGAUAUACAUGGAUUCAAGGGUGAAAGAAAUUAACAUAAAAUUUGUCAAUAGUGUUUUUAACUUAUCAUAUUUUUCUUUUAAAUAAUAUAACGCCGUUGCCUAAACAGUUUCCAAACAGACGCUUGGUUUUUUUUAAAGGACUUUGUGAUAAAAUAGCAUGCAGGGUUGCAAUAAACAUUGAUCUAGGUCUCUGUGGAAAGACAUGCUGUUAUCUAGUAAUUUGAAGGAAAUAUCCAUUUGUAGUACUGCUCCAGCUAUGAGGUAUGUACCUGUCUAGUUCCUUGGUGUCGAGCUGCCCACUGUAUAUCAGUUUUUCCAGCCUUUCGUCUAUGAGAUUCACAUGCUCUUUUCCAAUAUCCAGUGAAUAGCCCAGGAUAGGAAGGCCAAGCAGAUACGCAACU